AAGGGUAUCGACCAAGCAGCAUUGUUAUUGUUUUCCAACCCUUGUGACUGCUCCGACUCGUCGUCUGAAAGACCAUCCCGGUCCGGAUUCAGAGCUCUUUCUCGAUUUCUUCCUUUCCGUCGUCCUUUAUUGGGUUCGCUCUCUGAAGGGUCGCUGUAUUCCAUUCAAAAAGCCACGGAGGUCUACGUGCCCAGGCCCCUCUACCAGGACUGUGACAUGUCAAUCCUGCUCACUUCCCACUGGGGGAAUAUGCGGCCGCUUUCACUCAUCUUCGGCAAAGUGUUUGACCGAAAUACACAAAGUCGUCUAAGAUCAGCAGAUCGUUCUGCGAUUCGAGCAAUGUUCGCGUCUCCUCGAAUCGUUGGACCGUUCUUCAAGGUGCUAGGUGCGAGAUUGGGCACUUUCCUUGCCAAGAUGCAUGAUCCAGAAACCACAAAACAACUACGACUGUCCAGCAAUCCUCCAUCACCCACGAAUUUUGCCUCCAAAGAAGCCGGCAAACAAAGGCUCAUUGGAGAGAUUGCAAAAUGGCGAAACAAUGUCCAACAAAUGGACUUUUUUAUUGACUCCCCAGACGCUUUGGAAGGUCUCUGCAGGACACUCAAUGAUGAUGUCGACCGGCAACAUUUUCCGGACUACUAG